AAAUUAAGUACUUCAAAAUAGUUCACUAAGCAAACAUAUUCUAAAAUGGGUUCAAAUAGUGCUGCAUCCAUUACCAUUCUCAUCCUCUCCCUUAGCAUCUUCUUCUUCACCACUCUUAGCUCCGCCCAAGCACCGACUGUGUCACCAUCAUCACCACCAUCACCACCACUACCACCACCACCACCACCACCACCACCGAUUUGUCCUAAUUUACGUAUCUGUGCCUCUCUGUUGAAUGAUUUCGCACGUGUUGUAGUUGGCUCUCCACAAUCUGAGCCUUGUUGCUCCCUCAUUGCUGGUCUUGCAGAUGUGGAUGCUGUUGUGUGCCUUUGUGCAGCAGUCAGGGCUAAUGUUGGGGGAAUAAACAUUAAUAUUCCCGUAAAGGAAAUAUUAAGGGUUUGUGAACGUAAUGCUCCCAAUCUCGCUGCAUGUGCAUAACUUAUAUUAUGCGAUAUAUGGACGAUUCCUAUUAUACUGGCCUCUAGUCCUUAUUAUAAUAAAAAGUUUACUUUUUAAGUUUAUAUAAUAUUUGAU